UAUAGAAGAAGAGUUGUCGGACCCGAGGGUUGCGCGCCUCGCCCGCAUGCGAUGCGCGCGCGCGACCGCUGCCAAUUCUCCGCCGCCUCGGCACCCGCGCCUCGCCCCAGCGUCGCGAUGCCCGCUGGCUCCUGCUCGCUGGAGUCGUAGCCUCCUUCCCUCGUCCUGCCCAGCAUCGACAGCAGCAACUUGGCUUGCGUCCGUCCGUUCGCGCAGGAAGGGAGGGGAGAAGCCGUGGCGAGUCGGCGCGCGGAGGAGAGCGGAGGCCGUGGAGUUUCGUGGAGUCGGGGAGUUCGCGUCCCGACCCGGGCUGUUUAAACCACGCACGAUGAUGGCUCCGCGGUGGAUCGCGCUGGCUCUGUGCGUGGCUCUGACCCGGACCCGAGGAGCCGCACCUGGGGCAGGCGGCUGCACGAUCGGCGUGACCUUCCCUGCCUGCGGAUUCCACCAGGACCCCGAGGAUGACUUUGAUUGGGAAGAGGUUCCCACCCACGAGAUGGACUCCAUUCCCGGCCUGGAGGCCCCGGCAGGGCCCUUUGUGAUGCUGGCCGAUGCCGCGGGCCGACCUACCAGCAGCAAGGCGCGUCUCGCGCUGCCGGCCAUGAUGGAGAACGAUACGCACUGCCUGGACUUCAGCUACCAGGUUGUCAGCAAAGUGGGGGCCAUUGCCUCGGGCUCACUCCACGCGUACGUGCGGGUGAACGGGGGGGCACUCGGGGGGCCGAUUUGGACGGCCCCCGUGCCGCGCUCCAGAGGGUGGGUCUUCGCCGAGCUGGCCGUGAGCACCUUUUGGCCAAACACCUACCAGAUCGUGUUCGAAGUCACGAGCUCGGUGCAGCUGUCCUACGUCGCGCUGGCCGAUGUCCACAUCCUCAACUAUCCCUGCAACGAGGUGCCCCACUUCCUCAACCUGGUGAACGAAGAGGUGAACGCGGGACAGAACGCGUCCAUCCAGUGUGUCCUCAUCAGUCGGCGGCAGCAGCUGGGCACGCUGUGGCUCCAGAGCCAGAAGGGUAAGGACGUGAUGGUGGCCAGCAGCCACCUGCAGGCGCGGCGCUACACGGCCACCUACAGCUUCCCCACGGCCGCCAAGGACGACUCGGACAAGUUCCGCUGCGUCGUUCACAGCACCGAGGGCGCCAGCGUCUCCAACUUUGCCUCGCUCAUCGUCAGGGAGCCCCCAACGCCCGUGGCUCCCCCGCUGCUGUUGCGCGUGGGCCCCACGAACCUGUGGGUCCACCUCAACGCCAACUCGAUCGUGGGCGAGGGCCCCAUCAUCCUGAAGGAGGUGAUGUGGAAGCAGAGCGCGGGGACGUGGGCCGAGGUGAACCGUGCUGACUCGCAGACCUACAAGCUGUGGCACCUGGACCCGGACACGGCCUACGAGAUCCGUGUGCUGCUCACGCGGCCCGGCGAGGGCGGCACGGGCCUUCCGGGCCCGCCGCUCAUCACGCGAACGCGCUGUGCAGAGCCGAAGCACGGCCCUCUGAACCUGCGUGUGGUGUCCAUCCGCUCGCGGGAGAUCAGCCUGCAGUGGGAGCCGCUGGGCUACAACGUCACGCGUUGCCACGCCUUCAAUGUCACCGUGUGCUACCGCAGCUGGGCCACGAGGGGCCCGGCGGGGAACGGCACAGCCGGGGGCGCGGCGGCGGAAGCCGGCGGCGGCGGCGAGGAGUGUAGGGACGCCGGGAGGGCGGCUCAUGGCUUCGUGCUGCCCGGCCUUCCUCCGUUCCGCAACCUGAGCCUGCAAGCCGUGCUAAUGACGCCCGAGGGGCGGAAGGCGAGCGAGCGGGUGGUGACGCACACGGACGAGGACGUCCCGGGGCCCGUGUCCCUCGAGCGUGUCCAGGGCGUCGUCACCGAGGAGACGAUCUUCCUGCAGUGGAGUGAGCCUGACGAGCCCAACGGCGCCAUCGUUCAAUACGAGGUCUUGUACAGCGCCGUGCGGUCGGUGGACCCGGCGUUCAACGUGGAGGACGAGCACGGCCAGGCGCACAAGCCGGCCAACGAGACGCAGCACCUGUUCCCGGCUCUCUACCCCGGCACCACCUACUCCUUCUCCAUCCGCGCCAGCACCGUCAAGGGCCUCGGGCCCUCCACCACCGUCUACUUCACCACCAAGAUCUCAGCUCCGACGCUGCCCCACUACGGCGCCGACUCGCUCAUCGACUACACGGACACCACGGCCACCAUCCUGCUGAAACCGGCACAGGCCAGAGGGGCCCCCAUCAGCGCGUACCAGCUGGUGGUGAAGGAGGGCCCCUCGGGGAAGGCCCGGCGGGAGGCCGGCGGCUGCUUCUCGACGCCGCUGGCGUACCGCGAGGCGCGGGCCCAGGGCUCGCCGUUCUACUUUGCGGCGGAGCUUCCUCCCGAGGGCCUCCCCGUGGAGCGGCGCUUCGUCGUAGGAGACAACCACACGUACGGUGGCUACUGGAACGCGCCACUGGCCGCCAGCAAGGUCUACGACAUCUUCUUCCAGGCCAUCAGCAGCACGCAGGAGGAAACCAAAAUUGCCUGCGUGAAGCUCGCAAAGCGAGUGACGAGGAACGCCGAUCUUCCGGACGCCGAGCUCCAGACCGACCACACCAUGAAGAUCGCCGGCGUCAUCGCCGGCAUCCUGGCCGUCCUCAUCAUCCUCCUGGGCAUCGUCGUCUACAUGAAGCGGAGAAAACUGGCGAAGAAGCGCAAGGAGACUGUGAGCGCCACGCGGCAGGAGAUGACGCACAUGGUGAACUCGAUGGAUCGCGGCUACGGUGACCAGAGCCUGACCCUCAUCGACGACCAGGGCACCUUCCUGGACACGCACAACGUCAGCACCCAAUCGUAUUACACCUCUCCAUCCACCACCAUUCAAACCCAUGGCACCUCCUGCAGAACUGCACAGCCAUACUUCAUCCAAGGUGGGGCAACCCUCGCCGGGGGGUGUGGCGGGGGGGCGGUGGAGUGUACAGUGACGAUCAACGACGACAGCCACGCGGGGCUCUCCGACUCGGGCAUCCUGCUCGACCCGGGGAGCCACAGCCUCCCGCCCAGCGUCACGUCGAGCGCGCACACGCUGCCACACGCGGCGCGCGCCGGGCGCCACGCGCCGGGCCCCGAGUCCGCCUACCAAACCGGGAGCCGCGGCAAGGAGCCGGCGUACCGGGGGCCGCAGGUCUCCGGCGAGGCCUCGUACCGCGCGGGGGCCGCGCCGGGCGACGCGGCCUACCACGCCGGUGGCCGGGGCCCGGACCCGGCGGCGUACCGGGCGCCGCCGCCACCCGCCAACGACGCCGCGUACCGCUCGGGGCAGGCGGCCAACGAGGCGGCCUACCGCGCCGGAGGCCAGCAGCAGGGCCCGGAGGGGAGCUACCACGCGGGCGGGCGUGCCAAGGAUGCCGGCUACCGCCUUGGGCCAGCGCCGGUGCCGGCCGGCGAGCUGAUGUACCCGCCGGCGCAGAUGCGCACGGCGAUCCGCGUGGCCGACCUACUGCAGCACAUGAACCAGAUGAAGACGACGGAGGGCUGCGGCUUCAAGGAGGAGUACGAGAGCUUCCUGGACGGGCAGUCGGCGCCCUGGCAGGUGGCCAAGAAGGAGGAGAACCGGGGCAAGAACCGCUACGGCAACAUCAUCGCCUACGACCACUCCAGGGUGUUGCUGCAGCCCUUGGAUGCCAACCCUCACUCCGACUACAUCAACGCCAACUUCAUCGACGGCUACCACAGGCCGCGGCAGUACGUCGCAACGCAAGGCCCGAUGCAAGAGACGGUGUACGACUUCUGGCGGAUGGUGUGGCAGGAGAAAUCGGCCAGCAUCGUGAUGGUCACCAACCUGGUGGAGGUCGGCAGGGUGAAGUGCUACAAGUACUGGCCGGAGGACGAGCAGGUCCACGGCGACCUCACCGUCUCGCUCGUGCACACCGAGCUGCUCGCCGAAUACGUCAUCCGCACGUUCACCGUGGAGAGGACGGGAUACUUUGAAGUGCAGGAGGUGAAGCAGUUCCACUUCACGGGCUGGCCUGACCACGGCGUCCCCUACUACGCCACGGGGCUGCUCGCCUUCAUCCGCCGCGUGCGCAGCCUCAACCCGCCCGAGGCCGGCCCGGUCGUCGUCCACUGCAGUGCGGGUGCCGGCCGUACCGGCUGCUUCAUCGUCAUCGACAUGAUGCUGGAGAUGGCCGAGGGGGAGGCCGUGGUCGACAUCUACAACUGCGUGCGCGAGCUGCGGGCCCAGCGCGUCAACAUGGUGCAGACCGAGGAGCAGUACGUGUUCAUCCACGACGUCAUCCUGGAGGCCUGCCUGUGCGGGGACACCGCGGUCCCUGCCGCAGAGUUCCGCUCCGUGUAUUACGACCUGGCGAGACUGGACCCCCAAACGCACACCAAUCAGAUCAAGGAGGAGUUCCUGACGCUGAACACGGUGACUCCGGCGCUGCGCGUGGAGGACUGCAGCAUCGCGCUGCUGCCCCGCAACAACACCAAGAAUCGGCACAAGGAGACGCUGCCACCGGACCGCUGCCUGCCCUUCCUGCUCACGCUGGACGGAGACAGCAGCAACUACAUCAACGCCGCCCUCAUGGACAGCUACCACCGCCCGUCGGCGUUCAUCGUGACGCAGCACCCGCUGCCCAACACCGUCAAGGACUUCUGGCGCCUCGUGUUCGACUAUCGCUGCACCUCGGUCAUCGUGCUCAAUGAGCUCAACGCCAGCGAGACUUUCCCGCAGUACUGGCCCGAGGAGGGAAUGCUGCAGUACGGCCCCGUGCAGGUGGAGAUCCUGUCCGCUUGCAAGGACGUGGACAUCAUCUCGCGGAUAUUCCGCAUCUGCAACGUCUCCAGGCCGCAGGACGGGCACCGCGAGGUGCAACACUUCCAGUACCUGGGCUGGCCGUCGCACCGCGACGUGCCCACCUCGCCCGCCUCCUUCCUGCGCCUGGUGGGCCGCGUCGGGGCCUGGCAGGACCAGCUGGCCGAGGAGGAGGGCCGCACGCUCGUGCACUGCCUGAACGGCGGCGGUCAGAGCGGCACGUACUGCGCCGUCAGCAUCCUGUGCGACAUGGUGAAGGGUCAGAGCGUGGCCGACGUGUUCACGGCCGUCAAGACGCUGCGCAACAACAAGCCCAACAUGGUGGAGACGCUGGAGCAAUACCGCUUCUGCUACGACACGGCGCUGGAGUUCCUGAGCCAGUUCCAGCCGUAGAGUGGAGACUCGCUGUCUCUCUGCAGCCACCCGCGUCCCCGUCCAGCACAGCCGAGGGGACCCUGUCGCGCUCCCACGCGGUCCCCGCGUCUCCAGCGGGGGAGGGGAGCGAGGCGGUGGACUGGGGGGGGGGGGGGUGCAGCGCGAGUGAGGGGUCAGGGGUGAAGGGAAAGCGGCGCGGAGCGGGGAUUUGAGAUGGAGCGCGAGCGAGUAAGACUUCGAGCAAAUGAGAGCCGGCGGAGCGCAGAGGUUAUGAGGAGGAGCAGCAGCGGGCGGUAGAGGAGGGGGGAGGUCCGCGGACAGCCGGAGAACUUGAGAGCCAGGCGAGACGGGAGAGGGGAGAGACGAAGAGUGAAGAUGGAAGGGGCAGGUGGGGAGGGAAGGAGGGAGGGGGAGAGAGGCGUCGAUGAGCCGCGUCUCCUCGCUCUCGGCACUGCACCACGAGAGUGGCCGCGGGAGCUCAGCUGCUCGCUCGCUCACUCGCGUCUCGCUGCCGCUUCUGUAGGUGCCCCAACCCCUCCCCGCAUCAUGACCUUGCCCUUUGGAAUUUAACUGUCCGUUUUAAUACAUUUGCACUAACUGUUGCGUAUAUUGAUGUUGUUUGAGGCAUAGGCGUUUAAUAUGCAGUGGGGGGAAAAAAGUUGGGGGUUUUUCCCGUAUAUUUGCUUGGCAUUUGUGAUUUGAGUUGGACGUGUUUUUGUACCGUAAGAUUUUAUUUUCCUUGACUUUGGUUGCCAAGUCUUUUAGACCUCCACGCGUACACCGAGCGACUUAAUUAUUUUGAAUUUCGAAUCCUUACGCUUGAAGAAACAAUGCAGCGAAAUGUAAUUUAAAUAAUGCUAUCUAGACGCAGUGCUGAAUGUUAAUAUACUUGCAGAUGAUAUAAACUAAAACGGUAUUUUUCGAGUGGAUUGUGACAUAACGGGGCGAGCUUCGGUGUGAGAAAAUGCCUGGAUAUUUGUAUUUUUUUAAAUCUACGGAGUGCUGCUUGACAGCGUCAAGUCGUGAGAUGAUUGUGGUGUCCGUGGGUCUGCGAGCCGAACGAACGCGCGCGCCGCUGAACCCUACGCUCGAGCCCGUAGCGGCCGGCCCCGCAGUUGAGGCCGGCCGGGCGUGUACGCCGCCGUCCCGUCCCGCGUCUUGUCCGCCACAAUGCGAGAGGGGGGGGG